CCUAGUAAAGGUGCAGCGAGAGGAAGGGACCAGCCCAACUGCCCGGUCUAGCCCGGGUUCGAGUUCCGGUGGGUGGGGUCGAGCAACAUGCAAAGCCUGCCGCUAAUCAUCUUGGGAUGACGGCCUGGCACCCAGCACACAAACAGCGACAGUCCCGAGGGUUCAGCCCACUCUGGCGACCUCGACAGUCGGAGAGGAAGGGGCGGGGGUGCGAGCACCUUCGGACCUACGCCGCCCAGGGCGCACCGGAAAGCUGCCGCGAGCCGGGGUGGGCUUCCGCUGGGAACAAGGGCUCGCCUUUUUGCGGGACACAGGCUCUGGCAAACCUGAAGCAUGACUCACCGAAAAGCGCAGGCGCAGUUCCGGAGCCUUCAGCCGCCCAGUGCCCACGGAGAACUUCCGAUCACCCGGACUGGGACAACGUCAAGGCUCAGCCAAUCCAAGCCCACAGGCCGGCGCACGUGGUCCUGGGACCCAGCGCAUGCGCGCUAGGGAAAUGGCUGCCGUGGGACUGCGCUCGCGCGGCUUCCUAGAGGAGGAGCCACGGCCCCGCCCCGGGCCCGAGAGAAAGAAACUGCACUUUCGUUUUUUAGCAGCGAAGUUUGUUGAUGUACUUUACAACUUAUCUUUUCUGCUUCUACUCAGGACAGUCAAGACAGUGCUCAGCUAGAUGUUCACAUAACUGUAGACAUAAAUGUGAAUCUAUUUAACGCAGUAAUUAAUUCAAAAAGUGUUUUUAGCAUCCUAGCAUGCAUCAGUUGAUAUGAAAGUAGUAAAUGUUAAUUGAGUGGUCUUGUGCAUCCUGGACUUCUCAUCUGUGCAUAUUCUCAUUCUUUGCCUGCAAAGGGCCAGUAAAAGCACAGUGAUGGUUGAACGAAUGUGACAGCCUCCUUUGCUGAUGCCUUACCCCAAGGUAAUUUGGGGAAAGGUUCAGGGAAACAGAGUAUCCAAUCCAAUACUCUGGACUGGGUGCUGGCAGGAAGGAGGGCGAUUGUAUGAUUAAGUAUCAUAAUAAAUCUUACCUAAAAGGAGGG